UUUCUUCUACCGCCCGAUUCCGGUGAAAAAAUUGCAUUGGGCAUCACUGUUCUUCUUGCAUUCUCGGUUUUCGUGCUGGCAAUAGCUGAGAAAAUGCCGGAGACCAGUGAUUCGAUGCCUCUGAUCGGAAUCUACUUAACCGUUGUUAUGCUCAUGACCAGUAUAUCCGUCGUCAUGACCGUUAUGGUUUUAAAUUUUCACCACCGUGGUCCGUUCGAUCGCCCCGUGCCGCCAUGGAUUCGCACUUUUGUCUUGCAGAAACUGAGGAGUUUUUUGAAAAUGCGCUCACGCGAUUCACUGUGCAACGCUGAUCCAGUUUUGUUAUCAAACGGUCUGGCAAGCAAACUGAGUACUCAAAAAACCUCUGGUUUGUGGUCACUUUUUACACUUAUUUCGGAUUAG